AGGCGGGGGAGGGGAGAGCAAUGGAUUGAUUAUUGACCGAUUUGGGUUUGUGUUUUUUUUUUUAAAAAAAAAAGCUACCUUGUAACUCAGGGGAGAUGCUGUGGCUCCAGUUCUGCGUAAAAAAUGGCAGCUCAGCUGGCCUGUCUAUAUGCGAAGGGUUUUUGAAAGCCACCUCUGUAACAGUGCAGAGAUAACAGCAAAUUAUAUAAUCUUUUAUAUUAAAAAAAAAAAAGUUAUUCUCGGGAUUCGGUAGUGUCAGUCUGGUGAAUUGUGGCUUUGCUUUGCCCUGCAAGUCAGGGUGGUGGUGUUAUUCCUGGGGAUGGGGCUGUGUGCCUGUGCAUGCUUCUUACGUAUCUGUGUGCUUCCAUUGGUCACCCAGGGCUGAUGGUGUUUUGUGGAUAGUGCAUUGUAUUUCUGCAAUCAGUUUACCACCUAUUUAUUUAAACUAGGUAUAAUAAUUGACAGAAGCAGUGUGCAUGCCUAUGUAUCCCUUGAGUGACUCGUUAUUAUCAUAGUGAUUAUCUGUAUGUGUUGAUGCUAUAGAUAAAUACAUUGAGUAUUGGUGUUGCUUUUUGUGCUGGAAUUUUCGUACUUUCUAUACUGUGGUACCCCAACCCAAAUGUUUGGGCAUGCAUAACAUCAGCACUUGUAUUUAAUAUCCCUGAGAUGCACAGCGGCAUAUAAGCAGUGCAGGACUGAGGAGAGUAAAUAUGCAUAAAAUUGAAAUCUUCUUUGGUUGUUUUACUUUGUUAGUUAUGCAUGUUUGUCAUGUACAAGAGAUAGAAAUACAUUUGACAGACCUCAGAGUUAUUUGUGUUUGUCUAAAGAGGUUUACAUUCUGUAUUUGAAAUCAUUCUAGCUCCCAUAUAUUUGUUUGGUUGUUAAAAUCUUUCACGUUAUUUUAAAUUCAGUGCUUGCACUUUAUCUAUAAUCCUUGGCAGAUUCUUUAUCUUUGUUCAGGAGCCUAAGGUUGCUUGCUGAUCACAAGAAGAUGUUUCUGUGGCUCUUUCUGGUUCUGUCAUCUUCAGUUUCUUCUACAACUGCAGAUGCUGAUAUAUCUGUGGAAAUUUGCAAUGUUUGCUCCUGUGUGUCAGUUGAGAAUGUACUCUAUGUCAACUGUGAGAAGGUUGCAGUCUACAGACCAAAUCAGCUUAAACCACCAUGGUCUAAUUUUUACCACCUCAACUUUCAGAACAACCUGCUAAUUAUUCUAUAUCCAAAUACCUUUCUUAAUUUUACACAUGCGGUGUCCUUGCAACUGGGUAAUAAUAAGUUACAGAACAUUGAGGGAGGGGCCUUUAUGGGUCUUAGUGCAUUAAAACAGUUGCACUUGAACAACAAUGAAUUAAAGAUUCUCCGAGCUGACACUUUCCUUGGCAUAGAGAACUUGGAGUAUCUCCAAGCUGACUACAAUUUAAUCAAGAUUAUUGAACGGGGAGCCUUCAAUAAGCUUCACAAGCUGAAAGUCCUGAUCCUUAAUGACAAUCUGAUUUCAUUCCUUCCCGAUAACAUUUUUCGAUUUGCUUCUCUAACCCAUCUGGAUAUACGAGGGAAUCGAAUACAGAAGCUUCCAUACAUUGGAGUUCUGGAACACAUUGGGCGAAUUGUUGAAUUGCAGCUGGAAGACAACCCCUGGAAUUGUACUUGUGAUUUGUUGCCUUUGAAAGCAUGGCUGGAGAACAUGCCCUAUAACAUCUACAUUGGAGAAGCUAUCUGUGAAACACCCAGUGACUUGUAUGGAAGGCUGCUAAAAGAAACCAACAAGCAAGAGCUGUGCUCCAUGGGGACAGGGAGUGAUUUUGAUGUUCGCAUUCUGCCUCCGUCGCAGCUGGAGCCCAGUUACAGUACACCUAAUGGCCAUACUACUCAAACAUCAGUGCACAGAUUAGUCACAAAGCCGCCAAAGACUACAAAUCCUUCGAAGAUCUCGGGGAUAGUAGCAGGCAAAGCACUAUCUAAUCGCAGUCUCAGUCAAAUUGUAUCUUACCAGACCAGGGUGCCUCCUUUAACUCCUUGUCCAGUCCCCUGUGUUUGCAAAACACAUCCUUCAGACUUGGGAUUAAGUGUAAAUUGCCAAGAAAGAAAUAUAGAGUCAAUGGCUGAACUCAUACCAAAACCUUUAAAUGCCAAGAAACUGCAUGUAAAUGGCAAUUAUAUAAAGGAUGUGGACACUACAGAUUUCAUUGAGUUUGAGGGGCUAGAUUUGCUACAUUUAGGCAGCAAUCGGAUUUCAGUGAUCAAAGGAGAAGUUUUCCGCAACCUUACAAAUUUACGGAGAUUGUAUCUCAAUGGCAAUCAGAUAGAGCGCCUGAGCCCAGAAAUGUUUGGUGGCCUCCACAACUUGCAAUAUCUGUAUUUGGAAUACAAUAUUAUUAGAGAAAUCCUUGCAGGCACCUUUGAUUUAAUGCCAAAUUUGCAGUUGCUCUACCUGAACAACAAUCUUCUACGAAGCUUGCCAGCAUACAUAUUUGCUGGUGCACCACUUGCUAGGCUGAAUCUGAGGAACAAUCAUUUCAUGUAUUUACCUGUAAGUGGCGUUCUUGAUCAACUAAAAUCUCUUACACAAAUAGAUUUGGAAGGUAAUCCAUGGGACUGCACUUGUGAUUUAGUUGCUUUAAAACUGUGGCUUGAAAAGCUAAAUGAAGGUAUUGUGGUGAAGGAAUUGAAAUGUGAAACACCUGUACAGUUUGCUAACAUUGAACUUAAGUCUCUGAAAAAUGAGAUCCUCUGUCCUAAACUUUUAAACAAGCCAUCUGUUCUGUUCACUAGUCCUAUGCCCGCUGUUACUUUUACUACACCACUGGGACCAGUUCGGAGUCCUGGCGGACCAGUUCCAUUGUCCAUCCUAAUCUUAAGCAUAUUAGUUGUGCUUAUUUUAACAGUGUUUGUUGCUUUUUGUCUUCUUGUUUUUGUGCUUCGGCGCAACAAAAAACCAACUGUAAAGCACGAAGGGAUUGGAAAUCAAGAAUGCAGUUCUAUGCAACUGCAGCUAAGAAAGCACGAUCACAAGUCAAACAAAAAAGACGGACUAGGUGCAGAGGCCUUCAUUCCUCAAACUAUUGAGCAGAUGAGCAAAAGUCAUACCUGUGGCUUAAAAGAGUCUGAAACGGGCUUCACGUUUGCUGACCCACCAGGGCAAAAAGUCAUUCUGAGAAAUAUUAAUGACAAGGAGAAAGAUUUACUGCAUGUGGAUACCAGAAAAAGACUUAGCACAAUCGAUGAACUGGAUGAAUUAUUCCCUGGGAGAGAUUCCAAUGUAUUUAUUCAAAAUUAUCUUGAAAGUAAAAAAGAAUACAACAGCAUAGGGGUCAGUGGCUUUGAAAUACGUUAUCCAGAGAAACAACAAGACAGAAAAACCAAGAAGUCUUUAAUAGGUGGUAAUCAUAGUAAAAUUGUAGUAGAACAAAGAAAAAGUGAAUAUUUUGAACUAAAAGCUAAACUUCAAGGUUCACCUGACUACCUACAAGUCCUUGAAGAACAAACAGCUUUGAAUAAAAUAUAGGUCAUGCAAUCCUAUUGCCUACAGAGGACAUUUAUUUAAUGAUGAAAGUGCCUUUCGUUGACUUUUAACUUCCAAAUACUAUAUUAUAUUGAUAGGCAUAGAGGCAGGUGUAUCCAAGGGUGUCUGAUUAACUGUAGCUCCAUAUGAUUUGUCAAGUAGAGGAGAAUUUCCUUAAUAGGUUUUACUACAUAAAGCUCAUACCCUGUGGAAUUCUGUAGGGAUACUGCAAACUCUAUUGCCAAAGGGAUGCUUUAUACACGUUACACUGAAUUUAACCUCAAGAGGCAUAUAUGUUUUGUACCUUAAAUGCAAAACCAUCGUCUCCUUGUGAUUUGUUAGAACAAACACAAGAAACUUGGUACUGGUAUUUGUACCUCAGCUGGGUCCUUCCAUCCUGCACGUGGAUUUAAGUUGGUGGAACUGGAGUAAUCCUUUGAUUUGUGGUGUUGUAAUGGCACUGUUUAAAGAUUAUCUGAAAAGUAACAAGCAUGCAAAGAGAGAACAUUCAAUAGUAUGUGUAAAUUGGUUACAUUUAUGGCCUGCAUCUUGAAACCACUGGAAUUAUAAUGUUAAAUUGUGCAAAUAUUUGUUUAAAAUAUACCAUGCAUUACAUACCUAUGAAAUAAAUUUGACCACUUGAAGCAUACAUGUCUAUACAUAAAAUUAAAAACAAAACAAAAAAAAAAAACAACCAAGAAGGAAAAUAGUUCAAACUGACUUCUGCAGUAUUUGUGGCAUCUGAAGAAAAUAUUUAAUGUUUAUGCAGAAUUUGUUGUAAGAGUCAUCUCCAAUUAAAUCUAGAGUUCUUUCUUAGUUAUGUGAAACACUUGCAACCCCAACAGGUUGCCCAAAAUUAUCAAAGUGCUUACUGUGUGAGCGUAGCAGAAAUUAUUUUUGUAAUAUAAUUCAUAUUUAUGAAAUACUUUGUAUACUAAAUAGGAAAAAUAUGUACUCCUUAAUAUGUAUUUAAUAUGCCUGACUUGUUUUCCUGAUCACAAUGCAUUAAUCAUUCAGUAUAAAUAAAAACAGAACAAUAUACCAAACAACAGCCGAGGAUGUAAUGUGUAAAAUUAUCCAGAAUUAAGUGAUCAGAUAUAAUAAUAAUAAUAAUAAAUUGUUCUGUACUUUCUUGUGAAAUUAGCAUAUUAUCUUAUUUCAGAUUUGUUACCAAUGGUGCAUUUUAAAAUAGAUUCAUUAGUUUUUUAGUAUUGUGUCUCAGGCAAUUACUUACCAUCAGUUAUCUUGCUUUUCAGGGCCUAACAGCUUAAACUAAAUAGUUUUCACUACAAGUAUUUGAAGGAAUUCAUUGAAAGGGUAAUAUUUUAAUUAUAUAUGCAUAAGUUUUCUGUUAUUAUUAUCUGUCUGGCUGCUGUCAGUCAGGAAAAAAAAGAUCAGAACAGUGAACAAUACAGCAAAUCGUGUCUAAAACCAUAGUGUAAAAUGAAUAUAGUGGUGUCAGUCUGGAGUAUUGUGUAGCUCAUAUCUAGAGAGUAAAAGCUUGCCUUUGUGGAAGUUGGAUCUAAUAGCUAAUGAAAAAAAGUAGUCAAGAGAAUGGAAAAUCCCCGCUGUCUCUUACUGAUAGAUGGUACCUUGAGAUGAGAAUGGAGAUACAGUGAUAAAGCAUCAUACAGCAAAUCUGUACUGUGAGAUUAACAGAAGUUCUUUGACUUGAAAAAGAAUUUUUUCACACAUUUCAAUAACCUUUGGAUAAGACCCUCUAUCUCCUUUGUUACAGAACUUUUCUCACCUUUUAUAGUCAACGUAUAAAUCAAUUAAGAUUAGUAGGAUAUAAACAGUGUUUUUUUUAUUAAUUUUAAACUAGCAAACAUUACAGCAAGACUCAAUGACAAUACUGUGGAGAAGGCUGUGUCAGCUAUUUCCUUUAUAAACAUCUGAUUUCAGGACUUCAUGACACUGUUGUGAAUUUUUAUUCUGAAAUCAUAUUUGGCAAACAGCCUGCAGUAUUUUUAACAAAGUUUACAAAAAAUAAAACUCUGCUUCUUUAUUUAAGAGACAAUGUAACAACAUUUUUCUACUUUCAGACAUUUGUUUAUGGUCCGGUUACUUAGAAGGAGGGAUGUUUUUUUCCAUACUACAAAAUAUAUACGUAACUUCUGAUAAAAAAAUUAUAACAGAUAAAUUAAUGGCAAAAUUCCUUUCAAAAGGUUGCUGCUAUCCAUGCACAAUGAUUUACUUCGUUCAGGAUAUAAGAAUUUUCGGGUCGUGAAUACUAUGUACAUAUGAAUUUCUAGCAUUAAAAGUUCUUGGUUGUCCAAUGGUACAAUACAUCGCCAAGGCUUGAAGAACAUUUGAGUUUAUUACAUCGAGAGUCUGUGGAUUAAGGAAUGUUAAAGAUGCACUGACACGAUAGACUAUGGCUCCAUCAGUAGGCUGAGAAUAACGGGUCACUGUGCCUGCUCUGCAUGGCUUUGAGGAUGUGUCAAGAUUCACUGGGAUUUGCCAAAGCAUAAGGCUUCUGACACACUUCAGUGAAUUGUCAGAGACUGUCAUGUCCCAUACCCUUCUGUUGAGAGGCAUGCGUGAAAAAUAUUUUUAAAAGCAGAUAAAGUAAUACUUGUAAGUGAUGUUAAAGCUGAUGUGCUUAUAACUUGUGUUGCCCUGAGUUAAAAGAACGAUGAUAAAUGAUCAUACUUUCCUCAGCUGAAAAAAAACUGAGGGUUUGGUUGUGUUUGUUUUGUUUUGUGUUGUGUUUUGGUUUGUUUCAGGUUUUUUUUUUUUUUGUGGUGAUGUCUUUUAUUCACUGAUCAAAAGAGGAAGAACUGAACUGUUAUGCUCUACCAUUAGACUGGGUAAGAUUUUCCUGCUCAUUGAGGUCCCAAUCCAGUAAAGCAUUUAAGCUCAACCUAAAGCAUGUGCAGAAGUACUAUUCACGAGCUAGUAAUUAAACACCUGCCCAAGAGCGGGGCUUAGAUAGAGUUUCGUCAUUGAAUUCUAAAAGAGACAGCUGAGAAACAUUGUGUAUAAUACAGAGAGUCCAAUGACUCUUAGGAUUAUGCAGUUGAGUGUAAGUACACUGGGGUCAGUAGGGGUUAUACAAUCUGGACCUUUGUGUAGAAAUAGUUCCUAGGUGUUUUACAUAUAAGGUGCAAUACAUAGGCAUAAUGAUGUGAGUGGAAAAAGCAGAAGUUGGUAAAACACUUCGUUUCUGUGAAAUUGUUACUUUGAAUGACAACGUUAGUGUCAGUUUAUUUCCUCCAUGUUUUGAAACAGUGUAUGUGUCUGCACAGCAAUUUUAGUGUAAUGUCCAUUCAAAUCUAUAGUCAGUUGGACUGGGAAAUGUGACUCCAAAUGUGGCUUAACAGAUCUGUUAAUUUGAUUGGUUUGAGUGGCCAUGCUGGUAAAAUGGCUGUUAAGACUCAUCGACGUAAACUAAAUCAGCAAAGGUGUUAACAUAAUCUGUUGUCAUCAUUGUAUGAUAAAGAAGUUUCCAUUUUUAAAUGAAAUCAAUAAAGUGUAAUCAUUUCCUUGGAAAAAAAAAGAAAUAAAUUGUGCAAUUUUAUCAAUAAGUAAUUGCCAUGGUGCAAGAACACAAGAUCAUUAGAUGAUUUACAUUUUGCAUUUAGUGUUUGAGAUUGAUGAUAAUAUAGAAAUCUAGAAUAAAAGUCUUUCUUAUUUUUAAAAAGCCAUAAUACUAUAAAUUAUAAAAGGAAUAGCCUUGUGAAUAAUGUUAACAAAUGUUCAAAUGUUGCAGAAUCAACAAAACACAUCCAGAACUUGAUGUUGGUAUUAUAUCUAUAAUAUCUUUUGCAUGAUUUGUACAUUGGUAUUGUAUGAAAUGAGCACAGUGAGGUGGGUUGUUUUUUGUUUUGGUUUGGGUUUUUUUUUUUUGCAUCCAAAGAUUUGAGAAGGAAAUAUGACAAGAAUGUAUUUAUAAUCACUCUAUUUUGAAAUAAAGUAAAGGAAACAAAAUGGAUUGGUUUUACCCUGCUUCGGUCCUUACUAUUCUAGGUUAGUUAAUAAUUAAGGUAUUACUUGUAACAUCCGGUACAAUGUAAACCAGAAAGCUAUUGCUCGUGGUUUUUGUUUGCCUUCAGCAACAUCAAAAUAUUAGCCAGUAUUGACUUAAAAAAUUGUGUGAAACAUUAAUAAAGUUGUUUGGUAAUAUUGUAUUUCUGAAACUAAACUUUGUUAGGUGCCUGUAAUAUUCUCUUUCAGAGCAUUUGCAUAUGGAUGAAAGAGAAUCUCUAAAGUAGUUAAACAGUAAUGUUUUCUAAUCACCUUGACAAUUUGUUAUUAUUUUUUAUGGAUUUUUUUGUCCAUUUUCUGUUGUCUAGCAAAACCCUCCUUGCCUCUGUUAUAUAAGUAGUCCCUCCAAAGUCCGUGAUUUUUUUUUUCACAGUUACACAAGCAGAAUUUAGUUUUUAGUUGGGCUCUGAGAUCUCAACGUGGAAGUGCCUAGAGGAACAACCACAGAAUGCUAGAGGCAUUUGUUUUGAUUCUGGUCCCUUCUCAGUAAUCAUUUUGAAUAAGACAGUUUUUCAGAAAAGUUAGUUUAUCCUUAGCAAAAAGAAAAAUAUCAAUCCAUAUACCAUUUAAAUUGGUUAGUUAGUGAGAAAGAUGCCUUUAGGUAGUUUAACUUCCAAAUUUAGAUUUUGCAGUAAAAAUGUUUUACAAAGCCUCAUAAAAAUCUUCAUGGGAGAAGAGAAGAGCAGGAACAUAAUUCUGUCUAGAUUAAACAUCCCCUGUUGUGUAGGAUUUAAAACAUGCGUUAUAGUGGUGGUGAAUGAGAAUUAGAAUGUGAUGGACUAGAAAAUCAGGACUUGAUAUGGAUUUUUUUUUUUUGGCUGCCAGUUGCAGUGUAACAUUAGAGGCAAACCCACCAGAUUAAUUGAAAAAGGCCUGUGUAUAUAUUAUGUGGAACUUCUUUCUAAAGAAAAAAAAUUGAGAAUCAAGGAUGAGCAUUCAUGUUUUCAAAAGAAUAUGCAUGCACUGAUUUCCUGAAUGUGAAGGAACUUGGCAGUUUUUUGUUAAUGUGCUUUCCCAUUAUUUAGUCUUUACUUCUAACUGUAAUUAAUUAAUCCUCAUGUAUUCUGAUUGAUGCUAUGUUGAAGAAUAAAAAUAGGAAUGUUAAUGUGCGGGGACAAGUCAAUCUCAGAAAUUUACCAAUGUAAAUCCAGGCUAACUCAACAGACUUCAAUGGAAUCAAAUCAGCCUUAACCUGGUGAAUACAAAAGCAGAAGUUUACCAUAUUAGGUGAGGAGCUGAUCUAGCUGUCAUUGAAAUAAUAAAUAAGCUAAGUCAUUUUUUCUUUAAAUAAAAUCUAAUUUUGCUUUUGGCUUUAUUGUUUUGUGUGGUAGGGCUGUUAUUAGUUUCAAAUAAACAUAAGGCAGGAUAUAGAGUAGAUGCGGUGCUGUGUCUGUUUGAUGUCAGUGGAACCCUACAGUGAUUCAAGAGCUAUGGGCAUCCUGUAGAUAUACCAUGGAUACAAAACUAUUUAAGUUUGCUGAUUUAAUACAUAGAGUUGUAAUAUACGUCACAUAAAAUAAAAAUGCUAUCUUAACAAUACAAUUUAUUUUCUCCCUUUAAUGGAACAAACUUACCCUGUUCUUCAUUCCUGUUAAGUAGGGACUUUAUUGCAAAUAUCUUUAUUUUACUGUUAACUUUAUUCAUGUUCAUUAGUAGUACUUGAGAUAAGUUAUUUAUUGUUUGAAAACAGUACGUUUUGAGGAGUCUGUUAUUUUUCAAAUACCAUGGCUGAUGCUGUAUUAUAUUGAUUUUUCAUUCUCUUCCUAGCCAUUUAACACUAAAUAAUUUCUUAAAAGUACAAAUAGCAAUCAGAUAAGAAAGAGUCCUAGUUGGUACUAAAUAUAAAUCUUUUGUAUGUGUAUAUGUGAAUGUGUGUGUAUAUAUAUAUACACAUUUAUGUGUGUGUACGCGAAAGCCUGUAAUACUGUAAAUCAGUUCCGAUGGGUACACAUCAUGGUCUCUUUGGUCUUUGUCUAACCAGAAAACAAAAGGUGAUCUCUAGACGAUUUAGUAGGUAUUUUGCUUAUGUAUAAUAACAAUGAGGUCUUCCUCAGUUUCCUUCAUCCACAACCAUUUCACUUUUUGAUUUAAUUUCAUGUAGUUUCCUAGAAAUGUGUGCACUGUGACCUUCCAGGACACCCUUCCACUCCAUGCUCUCACUUCACUGUCAGUGUGCCCAGUCUCUUACAGGUGAAUGCUUAUCUAGAUAUUGGUUAAUAGCAGUUGCCAAAGAGUCAAAGAAGUAAGAUUGACCAGUUUGUAAAAAGCAACAAAAAAUGGAAAACUGUAGGAGUCUUUCCUGGGUGGUCUCUGAGUCACAUCAGAUGUAUGGUCCAAAACAGAGAGAAGGAGGAAAAGGUUUAAGCUUGUGCUAGGAACAUUCACACUGGGCUUUUGAAGCUGGACAGUCAUGACUUUUCAUGACUGUAAGGUGUACAGUUUAAAGUAAGUGUGAUUCAGUCAACUGAAUCGUAACAGUAAGACUGCAGGCUAAAUCCUGCAGGCAUCUGCACCCCUUUACCCAGACUAUGUUUUGAUGUCGCUGUUCACUGAAGAGUCUUGGACAAAUUAUUUAGGUUAAACUGGAUGUGAUAAGUCUUUCUUUAUGAGACUUUUAACUGAGUUGUGGAUACAUACAUUUGCGUGUACAUUGGAUGCUAUUCAGGUUAGUCCAUAUCUAAUGUUUGUUGAACACUUUCUUUGGUACAGUCUCUCUUCAUGACAUACAUUAGUGCUCACAUCUGACUAUGAGCCACUGCACAGUAAGUACAUUUCAGUGAGGAAAGUCACAAAAGGCAGAGUGUUCUGACAGUUUUUGAGCUCUUCACUGCAAGAAACUACAGGAAGCAAUGUACCAUACAGCAGAUUUCCUUAUUCCCCGGCAGGAUUUCAUAGACUCUGUGAGUCCUUCUCAGCAGAAUCUUCUUCUUGCCUACACACCACAAAUAAGACUCCAGGUCACCAGUCUGCUAUAUAUGCCAUCUGUAUUUGCUUUUACCCAAAAAUAAUUUUGUGGAUAAGGGUGGGGGAAGAACUUCCAUUUCUUUCUGAAAAGCAAGACGGGAUUAAUUUGAGUUGUUCAGGACUGAAAAAGAAAAAUACAGAUAUUUUAAAGAAUGGUCAUACUGUUGAGUAAUGCCUGUGUUUAGAAAUUGUUUUACUAAGAGGGAGAGAAAGAAAACAGUUGGGUUUAUAUUUUUAGCAUGCAGCUUUUCAACUUGUUCCAUUCUUGGCUUAGAAUAUGCCCCGGGAGCCAAGAAACUCACAUGUGCAGCUCAGGGCACAACUGAGCUGCAAAGAUACAACCCAACUGUCUUGCUGCCUUUUGUGUGGUAGAAAUUAAAUGUAAGGUUUUGAAUGUUCCCUCUCUGUUUGCUUUAGUGGAAGUUAGAUCAGUUGGCAUUCUUUAAGGCCUGUCUUUAAGCACUUAUUGAGAUGUAUCUGGAAUUUGAUUAACUACAAGAGUACAAAUAUCAUUCAAGGGGUGAUGUCUUUGGAUGGCUUAACAGUUUGAAGUAACCGGGGUUCUUAUAGUUCCUUUAUUAAAUAUUGCCAUGUAGUUGCACUGUUUCAUCCUCAUGAAAAUCUUUACUUUUGGGGUCAGUUUAAUAAAUUGGUAGUUUUACAGUUGUGAUCAGGAAAUGGUGUCCAAAUGUCCAGCAAAAAAAAAAAAAAAGUUUGCUUUUAAUUCCUGUGGUUUUCUAAGGUGUUAAUAAAGAACAACAACAUCAUGAAUAACCUAUAUUUAAGAUUUCUUUUCAUUCAAUGAAAAUGAUGUUUGCCUUAACUGGGUGAACUAUUCAGAAAGUACUUUGAGUGAAUUGAGAUGUUGCCAACAAAUAAGGUCCUGUUCUAUAAUCCUUUCUCAAGAAUAUAAGCUAUAGAAGCACUAAGAGGUUUUAUCUUUUAAGUAGCUUCCCCUAGAAUUUGGAAUUUCACUUUAGCUGUUGGAGUGGUGCCAUGAACAUGGUAGUAUGAUUUUGUUUCAAUAGUCAUAUACACAGUUAGCAACUAGCAGAAGUAAUGGUCAACGUGAACAAGAGUGUGACGCAUUCUCUCUGUGUAGCUUUGUCAAGUAAUUUAUACCACUUCAGCAUAUGACAGCAAAGAGACUAAGGAUUACAUAUUGUAAAGUGAGUUGGUAAGGAUUUCCUUACAUUUGUAAUGUGCUUUCAAAAUGAAAGCGAUAUGCAAAUGAUGAGCAUUAUCAGCAUACAAUCCAUUUCAAAAGGGAAAUACCAUUGUACUGUAUGUAGUAUUCUGUUGUUGAAAGUGAAUAAGCUGGGUUUUCCUUUCUGUAUGCUUUGCUCCUUCAACCAUUAAAUAGACUUGUUUUUUCUAUACAAAGCAAUACAGCUCUGAGUCAUAUGCAAGAAAAAUAUAUAAGCCUAGAAUGACAAGUAAAUACAUUCCCUCCGGA